AUAAUCAACAUGGCGACCUCUUGUAGAUUUCGCCUUUUUAAAACUCCUUUACGAUUGCUAGUUUCAAGGUCCUUUUGCGUGAAUGAAUCUUCUAAAAGCCAUCCGAACUUUCUACCUUUCGAUAACAAAGAUGUAAGAUCCAUUUUGAAGAAAAUCACGGGUCGCAACUUGGAGAAAAUCUACUCUGCACGUAAACAAGAUCUGACUGUUCCCACAUACAAAUUAAUGACAGAUUCCGAGUUUCUACAGGUUAGAGAUACAUCUUUUUUACUUCAAAGGAUACUUUUGCUGUAGAUUUCCGUACUACCCCAUACAUUUAUUAAGCCUGUAACAUCUUUUUCAUACUAUUUGACACAUGCGUACAAUGUACAUGUAGGCUUGUGUUGAGUUAUGCAUGUUAUGGGGUUGUUCAGAAAUCCUACAUCUUUUACUUAUUUUGAAGAUAUUUCUGCAUUAUCUCAGCCAACAGUCAGGCGAUUAUCAGCCAUUUGACAGCUGACGCAUUUUCCUUUUAGAGGAGGGGGAGGGGUAUGUAUGUGGUGGGCAGGGGGCUUUUCUCCUCUUUUAGAGCAGUUAGCCCAAAUUCCCAGGGGUCUCUCCUCUCUAAAACCAAGCCCUAGAAUUUCAAUUCCCAUGGAAAACAAUAUUUCAGUUCCAUGCCCAGGAGAUCAUGGGAAACCAUCAGUAACAAUUUUUUGGUUCCGUGAAAAUUCAUGGGAACCCAUCCCCAUAAAAUGUUUUUUAGAACAGACAUCUGGAGCUAGUCACUGUCCUACUUCAGAUGUCUGUUUUAGCAAGGUGUUUAUUAGAGAGAAUGUUUUUAUAUAUUUUAUGUAUUUUUUUUGUUUUAGGCUCAACAUGAAAUUGAAGGGAAAGCUGAAAAAUUACUUCAAAUGCCACCUGUGAUGGAAGAACGGCAGGAGAUCAAUGAAGUGUUGGAAGAAAAUAAGGACAUAGCUCACUUUUCAGAGUCAAGUUAUGUCUUCACUGAUAUUAGUACCAGUGUGUGCAACAGAGUAAGAUUAAUGAUUACAGAAGUGCUCUUUCUGGGUGACAGCAGCUUUUUUGUUUUGUGUAUCAAACCCAUUGCUAUUUUGACAUUCGCAUUGCCAUUCCUGUUAAAUGUCGUGACCAACCCCAACUGUCUGUCUUAGAGUCACCAUCUUACAAAAGCCUGGGGCAUACACCAGGCCCCAGGUGUUCAAGAGGUAUAUAGCACUAUCCAUUGGGAAAAUCUCCAUCCUGUGGAUAAGUAUUAAGGAAACCACUACCCACUGGAGAGAGAUUUAUACAGUCUGUGGAUAGUACUAUCCACCUUCUCAACAUCUGGGGCCAGGUGUCCAUUUUAUAGAACCAUCUCUGACCAAUUCUCUUCUUAUAACAUAGGUAUCAAUAUAUUAUAAUCAAGGAGAAGGGUUAUGAGAGUUAAUAAAAGAGAAGGGAAGGGAAAAUGAUCGAUCUUUUAACAAAUUCUUACAACUAAAUUUUUCACAAAAAUUAUGUAUGGAGAUUUAAGUCUUAAGAAUGUGUACUAUGCAGAUAUAAAUUUGGGACUUACAGUCAAAACAGGAAAAUCGUAAACACCAGGAAUAUUAUGUUAUUGUGUUCCAAGAAAAAAAGCCAAUCAACCACAAGCAAGGUCAUCAAUUAGUUUGUGGUUCUGUGGCCAGUUCACAUCUUGAUCUUUGCUGUGAUUGGUCAUAGCACAAUAAACAUCCCUGACAUAUUUCAAGUGUUCACGGUUUUGCCUGUCACACUGUAUAAGGUUAAGCAACAGUUGACUGUACUUUUUUAAUUAAAACUUUGAGUGUUUAUUUCUUAUUCAGACCAGGUUAAUAACCAUAAGAGAGGCAAAUGGAAGAUUACGAAAAGCCAGGUGGGAGGAAAGGGACAGAAUGAAUCAGAUAUACUUUCCGAAACCAGGGAGAAAACAUGAAAUACCUGAACUGCUAAAAGAUGAAAACCUUAAGGUAAUGUAAACUUAAUGGAUAAAGUAACUCCAAUUGAGUUUAUGCAAUCUGCUAAUCACUAUUAUUUUGGUACAGUUGGUUCUGAAUAAUAAAUUAUUAUUAUGUUUCUGUGCAGGAAUGUUUAUAGAAUUGCCACAAGUCGACUAGUCUACACAGCGGUCUUUAGUGUCGUCACGCAACUCUAAGUGGAGUUUUAUAAAUAAUAAGCAAGCGGAGUGAGGUCUUUAGGUCGUGAAGUGGCCUGAAAGUCUAGAAUUUUUACAGUCACUUCUCGUGUCAUGUCUGUUAGAGGCAUUAAGUUUUUGAGUGUUCAACAGGAGAAAUGUUAAAAGGGAGGGGAAACUCGAUAGAAAGGUUGUGGUAUUUUGUUUCCAAGUCAGCUGUUUAAAAGCUGUAUUUCUUCUGUUUCACAGAGAGUGUUUCAACAGAAUCGCCAUGAAGAUGCUCUUGAUCUGACAGUUGUACAGUUUGAGCCUGAUUCAGCAGAUUAUAUCAGAGUAAGUAAAAACAAAAUAUACUAAGAGGAAACAUUUUUCAGCUUUUUAAUCCCUUUACUUUUUGGGUUAAUCGAAUUAGUUGAACUUACCGGUAACCUCCCUUGAGAGACCACCAAAAUGAAAAGAUUUAGUGGUCGCUUAUGGAAAGUGUUAGCCUGUAAGAGAAUGAAACCACAGGAGGUCUUUUCUGAGAAGAGGUCCGGAUACAUAUUCUUUUUGGCAGAGAAAUUAUUUAUUGCAUGGAAUUUCUUAGAAGUUACCUUAAAACUCUGAAAAUAAGCCCCAGGGGUUAUAUUUUUCACCCUUUUUGAGGGGCUUAUUUUUGGAGGGGCUUAUAAUAUGGAGGGACUUAUCUAUGGAGGAAAAUUUGUGUUUCAAAAUCGAUUGGGCUAGCCUUAUAGUUGGAUGUAAAUUUAUUGUUUUUGCUUUGUUUAACUUUGUAUUUGAGGGAUAUUUCCAAAUACAAGCCCCCGGCGGGCUUAUAUUUGGAGGGGUGAUUUAAGGAAGGGUUUUUUGCGUUACCGUUUUGGGGGGCUUAUAUUUGGAGGAGCUUAUAUAUGGAGGGGCUUAUUUUCAGAAUUUUACAGUAUAUGCUUGUGUGUUGUCACUGAAAGUUCUUUUUCUACCCUGAGUGGCAUAGUACAUAAAGCAAAGAGACCAUGCCAUGAGUCAGGUAGUUGCUUUAUAGUAGAAGUUAAAAGCAAUGCAUAACUAUAAGACUGUCGGGCCAAAAAGUGGUUUUGUUUGAUUAUGAAAGAUGGUCGUUUUUGAAAGGUUCUAAUAAUAGGGCUUUGACAGGGAUAAUUUUGGCACUGUGGAUAGUUGUUGGUUGCUUAUGGGAGGUUGUCUUUAAUUAUAAGAGGUGGUUGUACAUGAAAGUUCAACUGUAUUAAUCCUCUAAUUAAGCCUUAAGAGUGACCAGCAUCAAAUUUCUCCUUGUAAUAUCAAUGCUUUGUAAAACAGAGAGGUCAUGGGAAUUAUGGACAUGAUCACACAAGAUACAAGGAGUUGAUACUUCAAGAACUUCAAUCAAUUCUCACUACCACUCUUAUAGGAAAUAUAUAGGGGCAACAAAUGAGAAUACAAAGUUUGAUCUUAGGGUGUAUUUCUCUCUUUACACCAGGUACAUCACAAGACUUAUGAAGACAUUGUACUCAGUGACAAGUUUGAUCUUUUGAGAUCAACGAGACACUUUGGAGGACUGGUUUAUUACCUUGUAAAGGCUCAAAGAAUAAUGGAACUAAUUGAAGACAUGAUGACGAGAGACCUGUAAGGAAUUGUUUUAACUGACUUGACUUGAUAUGUUUAAUAAUGCAAAUUGUGGGCGUUAAAAUAUAAUAGCAUCUAUCAUCACAUAUUUACUUCAUCACAUAUACUCACAUCACACAAGAUUUGUCCACUUUUUAAAAAUGACUGCUAGCAGAGUCGCUUCAAGGAAGAUCGAAGGAGACUCUGUUAGCAGGGUAAAUAAAAUAAUUAUGCAUCAGGUUUUUGCUUUAAGUGCUUUUUUCAUUAUAAAACUCUAUUGGAAUUCACAGGCAAAGCUCUCACAAUAUUAGUGAAUUUGUUGAAAUUUGGUUUAAGUAUGAACUUAACGUGCCAUUUAACAGUCACUUUUUUCUUGACAGUUGGGAAGACUGCGUGGAAGUGGUAAAACUUCAUCAUCUUCUACAUCCCUACAGUAAGAUAGCUGAACAAGCAAUCAGAAACAAUCUUAAAGGAUUGUUUAUGUUGCGGGUAAGUUAUGAAUGGUUCUAACAGUGAAUGAAAUUAAUAGAAUGGACAGUCAGUGAAAAAAAUGCAAACAAACAACACAUCCAACAAAAGACCAGGGAAUAGAAAGCAACCCAGUUGACAGGGGAAUUGAACAGAACGAUAGACUGGACAUUAGCAAAACAAUAGUGUGUUUUCACUCACAUGGCCAGCAUCUAUCCAAAUUUAUUGGAAUAAACGAAAGCAUUUGCAUAAGAAAGGAACUCAACUCCCACAGGACUGGUUUGGGACCCCAGCGUGGCCGCUGUUCCAUUGUUUUGGGACACUAAUAUGGCUGCCGUAACGUCAUGGGAAAAAACUCUGUAGACCAAGCAAUAGAACAUGAAGAAUAAACUGGACAAUAGGAUUAACUGAACAACACAAGAGACUGCUCAGUAGCAUAACACAAUAAACCAGACUAAAGAACAGCACCAUAGACUAGACCAUAAAAUAAUCAUGCAGUAGAAUGGACAAUGGUAUACCCUAAUAGACUGGAAAAUAACAUACCAUAAAAUUCCAAAAAUAAGCCCCUCCAAAUAUAACCCCCCCCCCACCCCCCCAAGUCAUAAUGCAAAAAAACCCUCCGUUAAAUCGCCACUCCGAAUAUAAGCCCCCCCCCCGGGGGGGGGGGGGGGGGGGGGGGGGNAAUAUAAGCCCCGGGUGGGGGGCUUGUACUUGAAAUUUGCCCUCGAAUACAAAGUAAAACAAAGCAAAAAUGGUAAAUUUCCUUCCCACUUCAAGCUAGCACAAUCGAUUUUGAAACGCGAAUUUCCCUCCAUACAUUAGCCCCUCCCAAUAUAAGCCCCUCAAAAAGGGCCUUUGAAAAAUAUAAGCCCCCAGGCUUAUUUUCAGAAUUUUACGGUAACACAAUAAACUGGACACCAGAAUUAUAACACAAUAGACUGGACAAUAACUGAACAACAGGACAAUGUGAUAGACUGGGAAAUAAUACAAGAACAAAAUAGACUACACGAUAGAACAACGCAGUUGACUGGACAACAGAAUAACAACAAUAGACAAGACACUUAUGGGGUAUCAGCAACUUAUGCUAAUGGUUAAAACAUGCACAUUAAUUCUAGUUAAGAGCAUUUAAGUCAUUUCUUGUAAUCUUGCUUUUUCCUUGUUCUGAACUGACAGGCCUACGUUAGAAGGCACGGAUCGCCUGAGUCAAUGGAGAGAUUGGAAGAGUAUAUGCUUUAUAGAGAGAACGAGAAGGCGCAAAUUUCUAAUAAUUAA